AUGUCGAAGCGUGACAUCGUCCUCACCAAUGUCACCGUUGUCCAGCUGCUGCGACAGCCGUGCCCCGUGAACCGAGCACCACCUCCACCUGAGCCCAAGGUUGAAGCAGAACCCCAGCCCGAACCUGUGCCAGAACCGGUUAAGGCGGAAGCUCCGCUGCCGCCUCCUCCUCCUCCCCCUCCCCCUAAGAAGACGGAUGCAGCUCGGGAGUUGACGGUUGGCAUCAAUGGAUUCGGACGCAUCGGCCGCCUGGUGUUGCGCGCGUGCAUGGAAAAGGGCGUCAAGGUGGUGGCGGUGAAUGAUCCGUUCAUUGACCCAGAAUACAUGGUGUACAUGUUCAAGUAUGACUCCACCCACGGCCGGUACAGGGGGAGCGUGGAGUACAAGAAUGGACGGCUGGUUGUGGACAACAAUGAGAUCAGCGUCUACCAGUGCAAGGAGCCCAAAGAAAUCCCCUGGAAGGCUGUCGGAAGCCCCUACGUGGUGGAGUCCACGGGCGUGUACCUCUCCCUAGAGGCUGCCUCGGCGCACAUCACAGCAGGGGCUCAGCGUGUGGUCAUCUCUGCGCCCUCACCAGAUGCACCCAUGUUCGUCAUGGGCGUCAACGAGGUCAAGUACAACCCCGGCUCCAUGAACAUUGUCAGCAACGCAUCCUGCACCACCAACUGCCUGGCCCCCCUCGCCAAGGUCAUCCACGAGCGAUUUGGCAUCGUGGAAGGGCUCAUGACCACCAUCCAUUCCUACACGGCCACCCAGAAGACGGUGGACGGGCCGUCCAAGAAGGCCUGGCGGGAUGGACGAGGCGCCCAUCAGAACAUCAUCCCGGCCUCCACCGGGGCUGCCAGUGCCGUGGGCAAAGUGAUCCCAGAGCUCAAAGGGAAGCUCACCGGAAUGGCAUUCCGCGUGCCGACCCCAGACGUGUCUGUUGUGGACCUGACUUGCCGCCUGGCCCAGCCUACCCCCUAUUCAGCCAUCAAGGAUGCUGUAAAAGCAGCCGCCAAGGGGCCCAUGGCUGGCAUCCUUGCCUACACAGAGGAUGAGGUCGUCUCCACGGACUUCCUCGGCGACGCCCACUCGUCCAUCUUCGAUGCCAAGGCAGGCAUUUCGCUCAACGACAACUUCGUGAAACUCAUCUCCUGGUACGACAACGAGUACGGCUACAGUCACCGCGUGGUCGACCUCCUCUGCUACAUGUUCAGCCGGGACAGCUGA